AUGGCAGAAAACGCUGAUGCUCAGCCAGAGAAUACUGAUGCUCAGCCAUCACUUACCCAGCCAUUAACCCAGACAUCGACUUCGGGGCCGAAGAAGCGCGCUCUUUUCCGCCAGCCGCUUGCGCUACAGUGGUUUGAAAAUGGGGUGCUGAAAAAGCUGAGUAACGAGGAGAGACAGGCCGGAAGGUUUGAGCUGUUCCUAGAUUUACUCUACGUUGCUAUCCUUGCAAGUUUCGCCGAUGGCCUCGCUGAACACCCCUCUGGUGUUCAGGUGGUAAAAUACAUUCUCAUCCUGUCCCCAUCAUGGCACAUCUGGAGUGACCUGCGCGAGCUGAUGAACUCGUUCUAUAACGAUGAUCUCGGCCAGCGCAUUCUGAUUCUCUGGAUCAUGGCGGUACUCGUCGUCUACGGCAACAACGCUGUACUCGUCGACGAGGACCUCACCGCUAUGCGCGCCACAGUUGGAGCCUACAUGACGGCACGCCUGUCUGCCAACACCGCGCAUCUGGUCUAUUCAUUCUCUAGCUACCACCAUCGCGCGCAGCAACGUCUUUGGUUUGUUUGUUCCUUCUUCGCUCUGCUGCUUUACAUCCCAUUGUACAUGGAGUCGCUCUCUCUCCGCAGCAAGAUCGCCGUGGCAGCCGUCGGCAUCAUCGUUGAGGAGAUUCUCUGGGUCUUCUGCUAUUCGCCCAUUGCGAAGCGUAUUACGCGCUCAAAGUACACCACCGCUGCCGAUAUUGGACACGAGAUUGACCGAUUCGCGGCGUUCUACAUUAUUGUCCUGGGAGAGUUCUUGUAUGCGAUUAUAGUCGGCCACCCCGCAGCUUCUGGGUUCAAUGUCAGACUCCUGAGGGCAAUCUGGACACUUAUCAUCGCAUUCUGUUUCAACUGGCUUUAUGUGCACAAUGAUGGAUCGCUUCAGUUCGAGCAUGCCAUCAGGCACAGCAUCAUCACAGCAUUCACUUGGGUCAUGAUGCACUUACCGUUGGUAGCCUCCAUGCUGGUUGGGGGACACGUCGCAGCUGCGAGCACAAAGACAGAGGAACUCGAAGGCGCAGAGCUUUGGCUACUGUGCGGUGGACUUGGCAUAGGCAUUCUCUGCCUGUAUGUGAUUGCGAUGUUGCACCGGUCAGAUGACCCUCCGGGGACAUUGAUGCUGCCAAAGCACCUCCGCCUAAUUAUGCGUCCUGUUAUAGGCAUCAUUAUCAUCUGCCUCCCUCUGAGCCCACACCUCGGCGCCACCGCUUUCCUCUCGAUAAUCAUGGCCCUGGUUGUUUUCUGUGUCGUUUAUGAGAAUAUCACGUCGCUGCAGUGUGGCGCGAAGUUUUGGGAGAGCUGGGAGAACACGGGGUAUCCAGAUGACUACAGAUUGACCGAUACAAAGUGCUGA